CUACUGACUUCCGCCCGUAAAGCGCUGACGUCGACGCAGCUUGACUGGCGGCUCCACAAGACAAGCGAGGAGAAGCGAGCAGCAAAGCGGGGCAAAACAAACACAGCGAGCCGCCACUAAGUCUCGUCUUCCUCCGCGAGGGCAGCGGCCGUCUUGCCUUGCUUUGGCGGACGAGGUGAGGACCGGAGAGUUGGUUAAUAGUCGCAGGCCGCGCGGAGGAUUAGCCAGCGAGGCGUUGCCGGGCGGACCACACCGCCGCCAACUUUGUGACGCUGUCGCAAAGUGGAGAAGCAGGCCAGGUCGCAAGGAGAAUGGCGGCUGGUUAGUCAGAUAGAACUCGCCUCGGACUGUGACAAGUGCGGCCAUGGAGGAGCGGGAGAGGGAGAGGGAGGACACCUCCGUCAUGUUGGUGGUGAGUGGCAGGCAGGUGGGCGCCCCGCUGAGUGUGGUGUUCGCCACCCUGCUUUACUGCGCAGAGCUGCUGAACGCCGCCGUCCUGUGCCGACAAUACCUGCGCGCUGAUGACACCUACUGGCUGGCCUUCACCCUCACCUUCAUGCCUCCCGCCCUCCUCAUCCAGAUGACGCUCGUCUUCAUCCACAGGGACGUGGGCAGGGACAGACCGCUGGUCCUCCUCCUGCACCUGCUCCUGCUGGGGCCCCUCAUCAGGUGUUUUGAUGCCCUGGUGGUGUACUUCAAAGCCGGCAAGGGGGAGGAGCCUUACGUCACCAUCACCCGCAAGAUCUUCCUGGGCAGGGGCCACCAGGGCACCUGGACCGAGUACGAGAUCAGCCGCUCGCAGCGCAUCCUGGCCACGCACAAGAACGCCUUCAAGCGCACCUCCGUCAUCCAGGCCUUCCUGGGCUCCACGCCGCAACUCACCCUCCAACUCUACGCCAUGAUCCAGGAGAAGUACAUCCUGCCUGUACGACUGUCCCUGAUGAUCAUCACCAAGGUGUCCAUCAUCUACGGCGCCCUGGUGUGCAGCGUGCUGGCCAUCCAGGUGCGCUACGACGACUACAAGGUGCGUUUCAGCAAGUUGGCCUACCUGUGCAUGGUCCUGUGGCGAGGCCUGGAGAUCGCCACCCGCAUCGCCGCCCUGGUGCUCAUGAGCACGGCGCUCAGCCAUUGGAUCAUCCUGGUGGGCGUGGCCAACCUGCUCUUCUUCUUCUUCCUGCCCUGGGCCGAGUUGUGGGCCAAGAAGGGCUCGCUGGCCGGGGACGUGGAGAAGAACUUCUCCAAGCUGGGCACGCUGGUGGUGCUGAGCGCCUUCACGCUGCUCUACGCCUGCAUCAACGUCUUCUGCUGGUCGGCCGUGCAGCUGGACCUGGCCCACCCGGAGCUCCUGGACCGGAGGCAGCGCUGGGACCGCCUGGCCGCCUACUACGGCGUGCGCUUUGUGGAGAACCUGCUCCUCAUCACGCUCUGGUACUUCUGCAAGUCCGACUUCUUCGAGUACGUGUGCGCGCCGCUGCUGGCCGUGCAGCUGCUGGUUGGCUACAGCCUGGCCGUGCUCUUCAUGCUGCUCUUCUACCAGUACCUGCACCCCUGCAGGCGCCUCUUCAGCCACAACGUCCUGUGCUGCCGCCGCCGGGACCUCCCGCGCCCGUCCUACUCCACCGCCGCCACCAUGGUGCUGAUGUCCGACGAGCCCCUGGCGCUGCUGGACCCUCCGGACUCCCGCCUGCGCGAGACCGCCAUCUUGGAUGACCAGACAGAAUUUGCCUGAGAAAAAUGUGGCCUUUGGAGGAGGUGGAGUGGACUUGAACAACAUUGUUGGAGACUUUGGCCUUCAAGACCCCCUGGCGGUGACCCAAACAAUGUAGCCUCCCAGACAAAGUCCGCCUUUGAGCACGGCUCAGAAGUGAAGCAGGUGUGCAAGGCAAGCUCGCCAAAAAGGCGUGGGGACUUUGGGGAGUGGACAUCUUCCUCCUCUUGCUUGUGGAAGUCUGACACACAUAUCUCCUGGACUAAGAAACUCAUGUGUGGGACUUUUGAAAAGAUGCAACCAAUCACAUUGUUCCCAGAGACAAUGUCACUGGAAGAUGCAACCAAUCACAUUGUUCCCAGACACAAUGUCACUGGAAAGAAAAUGUGGAGAGAGAAGAAAUUUAAGAUAGCUGCCACUGAAUGAGCUUUUUCUCUAUUUUACUGCUUGUGCCUUCACCCUUUUCUUCCAUUUCAACAUUUAAUAAAGAAUAAGAAUGUCAACAUCCAUGAUGGUUGUUGUAGUUUAACAUUUAAUAAAGAAUAAGAAUGUCAACAUC